CUCUAGACACACUGCGGACCUGCCUCUUCCUGCCAGCAUGAUCUUAUUGGCUUCUUGGCAGCUGCUGCUGCUCCUCUGGGUUGCCACCUUUGGGAAGCCGCUAACAAAGGUGGCACCUGUGGUGAACCCUGGACCCACAGACGGGCGGCCCGGACUGCAGGAACUCAUGAAUGCCUGGGAAAAGCGGCCGCUAUGUGCAGAGAGGAAGCCUGGGGCCGCAGGGCUGCGCGCACGUAGGACCUUGCCGUGCCCGCCCGGCGAGAGCUCCGCGGGAGGCCAGCGGCCCCUGUGCGCCUCAGGCAGCCGCCUGAUCCCCGCGCCCCGAGGAGCGGUGCUGGUGCAGCGCGAGAAGGACCUGCCAGCCUACAACUGGAACUCCUUCGGUCUGCGCUACGGCAGGAGGCAGGCGGCGCGGGCAGCACCGGCCAUGCGGGGUUGAGAGCAGGGCCACGGGUGGAUUGCAAGCCUAGCCCGCUAGCACAAUGGGCCAGGAGAGGGAACUUCUGGACUGGGGCA